AUGGAGGAGGACCAGACGCCGCAGCGGCAACAGCAACAACCCCGCCGCGCUGCGAACCCCUUUGCCCAGCAGCAGCCCAAGCGCAAGAUGGGCCCCAUGGAAAGGGCGGCGCGCAAGUCCCUCCGCGAGGACUACGCCCGGCGCCAGGCCGAAAACGCAGAGAGGCUGCUCCGCGAGCCGCUGCCCAAGUACGUGCCCAAGCCCGUGAGCGGCUGUCACGUCUUCUUCCACCCGGACCUGGGCAUCGGCGGCGCCGAGCGCCUCGUCGUCGACGCCGCCGUCGGCCUGCAGGAAAAGGGCGCCAAGGUGGUCGUCUACACGAACCACUGCGACCCCAACCACUGCUUCGACGAGUGCCGCAAUGGUACCCUCGACGUCCGCGUCAAGGGCUCCUGGCUCGUCCCGCGAUCCUUUUUCGGCCGCUUCACCAUUCUCUGCGCCAUCCUGCGCCAAAUCCACCUCAUGCUGCACAUCUGGAUCACUGGCGAGCUCGAGGACCUCUCGCCCAGCAUCUUCAUCGUCGACCAGCUGUCGGCCGGCCUGCCCUGGCUGCGCCUGCUCGUCUCCCCCAAGACGGGCAUCGUAUUUUAUUGCCACUUCCCGGACCUGCUGCUCGUGCAGGGCCGCCACGCCUCGCUCCUCAAGCGCCUCUACCGCAUCCCCUUUGACCGCCUCGAGGAGUGGUCCAUGAGCUUCGCCGACGCCGUCGCCCUAAACUCCAACUUCACUAAGAGCGUCGUCCAGCUGACCUGGCCGGAGCUGCUCGAGAAGACGACGGCCCGCGUCAUCUACCCCUGCGUCGACACCGCCGCCAAGGAGGACGAGCUGCUCGUCGGUGCCGGCGACGCCGCGCCGCCGCCGCUCUUCCCCAGCGGCGACGUCCGCGUGCUGCUCAGCAUCAACCGCUUCGAGCGCAAAAAGGACAUUGGCCUCGCCAUCCGCGCCUUCGCCUCCAUCCCCGACGACGAGCGCCGCGGCGUGCGCCUCGUCCUCGCCGGCGGGUACGACCGCCGCGUCGCCGAAAACGUAGAGUACCACCGGGAGCUGCAGUCCCUCGCCAACGAGUUCGACCUCGCGCACGACACCAUCGACGCGGCCGACAACCCGACCGCGCGCCGCCCCGCCGACACCGCCGCGCCUGUGCUCUUCCUCCUCUCCGUGCCCGCCGACCUCAAGACGGCGCUCCUCCGCGCCGCCACGCUGCUCGUCUACACGCCCUCGAACGAGCACUUUGGCAUCGUGCCCCUCGAGGCCAUGCUCGCCCGCGUCCCCGUCCUCGCCGCCAACACGGGCGGGCCCACCGAGACCGUCGUCGAGGGCGAGACGGGCUGGCUGCGCGACCCCUACGAGCCGCUCGCCUGGUCCGCCGUCAUGCGCCGCGCCCUCGCCCUGCCCGCCGCCGAGGCCGCGCGCAUGGGCGACGAGGGCAGCCGCCGCGUCAAGGACACCUUUGGCCGCGACCACAUGGCCACGACGCUCAUGAACGUCGUCCGCGAGAUUGUCGUCGCCCGCCGCAACUCGGACGCCGACAACACCAUGAUCAUCGUCGUCGUCGGCACCGUCUUCAGCCUGAGCCUCGCCGCCAUGUCCCUCGGCAUCGCGCUGUGGAUGAUGCACGACAUGAAGAAGAAUGCGGCCCUGCGGGAGGGGGCGGCGGGGGUAGGCCGAAUGUUCUAA